AUGCCCUGGGAGCCGGGAAGACCCGGCUCUGGACCUGGUGGUCCUGGUUCCCCGGGCUCUCCAUCCAAUCCCCGCUCCCCUGGAUUCCCAGGAUGGCCCACAUCCCCAGGCGGUCCCUGGGGUCCGGGUUUCCCCGGAGGCCCCGCCGGACACGGAGAGCACGGGGGCGGAGUCACGAGAUCACACGGUUGCUGUGGCGGUUUUCCAGGAUUACCCGUUCCACCGGCCGCAUGUCUUCCAUAUCAGAACAACACUGUUCUGUACGCAUAUUCAACUGAUAUCGACUAUGAUACAUUUCAUGGCGGUGCUAAUAUUAUGGUCACAUAUGCUAAUAAGUAUACAACAAUGGCAAAUGUUCGAUUCGAUACGAAACAGGAAGAGGAGAUUGAAUAUCACUCGGAUAAAAAAAGUUUGGAAAAUUCUUUAAAUUCCCACGUACCCGAUCCAUCACUUGGAUAUGGAAACAAAGAAACUGGAAGCAAUUUGUACACUGUUUUAAAGAAGUUUCUCAAUAAUGGCGAGGUUUCAUUAUGUGGAGCCCAUGUGUUCAUAGCUGUAAAACGGUACCCAGAUGAGUCUGAUGUAUUAGAUAUAAUCACCCAACUACGAUCCAAUCAUGUGAUGGUGUACAUUGGUGUGGACAGUAUCUCAUCGGGCGGUUCCAAUUCUGCUUCACUAUAUGCAGUGUCAUAUCAAACGAAUGGAUACUGUCUGUUUGCCACCGGCAAUGAUCUUUGGAAUGCUUUUCAUUCGAUGGUCGAAACACUUAUCUUCCCUUACCAGUUUCUUGCUCAAAACUUUCUGGUUUCUGGAUCGGGCCGAAUCGAAAUACCGACAUUCAAAACUCCAACACCACCGGGUCAUACAAACUACGGUUUAGUUGCAAUGACUAUUCAAAACCACACACUUGACAGUUCAUAUGUAUCCAUGAAUUAUACAAUUGAGAGCACUGAUGGAUCUUACGUUUAUGAAUUUCCGAGUGACGACCUUCUGCCUCUUUUUGGAACUGCACAAACAGAUUUGCUGAAAUUGACCGGAUCCCUCUUGUACAAAUGGACAAUUGACUACCAUUACAAUACAGAUGAACCACAAAUCAUUGAAUGCAGAAUGUAUAGCGAUGAUUAUAACGACUUCCUUCCACUGCCACCUUCUGUAUAA